AUGGCAGACAAAACAGACAAGGAGGUGCUGGGGGUCAUUGGAGAUGCACUGUUCUAUAAGGCAGCAGAGCCCUUUGCUGCCAUUGGAAUGGCAUCGGAGGUCUUGAAGAAGCGAGAGAUCGAGAUUGCUGGACUGGCGUUGGAGGAGAAGGUUCAGACUCCUCCUGCCUCAACGGCCAAGGUCCCUGUAGGUAGGAGCGCAGCAGCGGCUCCGUCGCGUGCCCCUGCCCCUGCCAGGUCGAAGGUGACAGCAGCGACAGCCAAGCCUCCGACUGCUGCCGUGAAGGCUCCAGCUAAGACUCCUGCUGCUGCUGCUGCUGCAAGGCCUUCUCCCACCAAGGCUGUCGCAUCUCCGAAGGCAACAGCAGCAAAAGUUCUAUCAGCAGCCAAGGAAGCUCCCAAGACUGCCAAGGAGGAGGCGACUGCUGGUGCUUCAGUGCCAGGGCAGCUGGUGGACACUUUGCUGGACUUUGUGGAUGGGAAGCCCGAAGGGAUGGCGCGUCUCGCCUUCAAGUUCCGCUGCUCCAUGGACUUGUCGGCUGGCGACUGCAUCGUGAUCACUCUCCCUGACUUCGAAGGAGACCAGUCUACUCCGAUCUUGUUGGAUGAUGUGGCAGGGAAGCCAAUGGAGCUGCUCAGCGCUAGUUGGCUCGUCUGUCCCCCCCGGGUGGAGCUGAAGGUGCCAGAGGAGAAGGUGAUCAGCAAGGACACGUUGGUAGAGAUUGCAAGCAGGGAAGCUUGUGUUAGAAUCCCUAUGAAGGGUAUCACGGAGGACAGCAAGAGGGAGUUCCUAGUAAGUGCCUCCUGCAAGCAAGGUCAGGUUCCGCCCUCUCCUGUCCUCUCAGUCUGCAGCAUCAGGGGAUGUCAACUGUCCGCUGACCUCCAGCGUGCUCUGGUGUACCUCGGGUGCCUGCUGGUAGAGAGUGGCCCGCGGGGUUCGAGAAGGAAGACGUACAGGCAGGCAGCGUUCUCCUGCUUCAACCUUGUGCUCCGUGAUGCCCACCUUGUGGAAGGGAGGGAGGGCCUCGUGCUGCUGGCCGCUUCUGCUCGAGAGUUGGCCCUCCUCUUCCCCAACGUGUUCUUGGAUGCUCGGACGGAGGGGAAAAUCUACGGAGGGAUGCGGGAUCUUGCUGGGGAUCUAAGGGAAGUGGAUCCGAUCUUCAAGGUGGAGGAGGCGGAGGAGACGUCGGAUCCGUCGGAGCUGGUGGCGAGCUGGAGAAAGGCUGCUGAGAAGGCUUGCAGCUCGUACAUGGGCUGGAAGGAAUCCCUGUGCGCAGAGGAGAGGAUAAUACUGCUACGUAAGAGUGUUGCAACUGAGAACUUCAAGGAGGCGAUGGCGAUGCUCAAGGAGCUAGAGACGCAAUACCUCUCCGCAGUCAACUCCAAGUCCAGCAUCGACCGGGUACGCGAGUGUCUCACGGACAUGGCAAGUGUCUUCGACGACGCUGCCGUUGAGAUCCUUAGCCAGCAGGACGAGCUUGAUAACAUGCACUGCUGUCUGGGGCACGUCAGAGAGGAGGCGAAGCAUCUUCACAGCAUCUACGGCUCUCCAGGUCAAGACGGCAAGUCAUCCUCCCGAUCCGCCGAGAAAGACUCAGCCAACCUCGACGAGAUCAAGGCGAUCCUCAAGAAUCGCGGAGUGUUUGGGUCGGUCUCGAUCGAUGAACAGCUGAAGGAGCUGGAGGAGGAGUACCAUGACAACGUGCAGUUCGGUCUGCAGCUGCAGGCAGACACUGUGGCGCUGCUGCUCGAGUGGUACCGGGAGUAUCGGACGAACAUGGAGAGAGGAGGAGAGUUCUACUCGAAGCAGAAGGAGGAGGAGAGUCAGGACGUCGUCAUGUACUCGAAGGAGCUCAACGAGGCCAUGGAGGAGUACAGAAAGGGGUUGAAACGUUGCAAGGAGUCGUCGCAGGUAGAGGGCAAGUUGUUAUUCGCUGCGGGGAGGGUGAAAUACUUUCUUGGAGCUCUCGACGACGCCAUUGAAACCCUUGAGAGGUGCUGCAAGAUAGACGCGUCAGACCUCGGGGGCAGCCUCUACCUCGGCCUCUGCUACCUGGCCAAGGAGGAGGCGUUUGUGCGAGCGAACCUUGACAAGAUCGAGAGGUGUAUGGAGAAGAGCAUCCUUGCCAUGGGCAGUCAGGUUGACUUGCUCAUGAACGGAGACUCGACAUGUCUGCAGCAGUACGAGCUCUUGUCCGAUGAGACCGUUCGCAUCUCCAACCCGGACGUUCAGCGAGGCAGCGUCGAGUUCGGUAUUGCUCUGAUGGAGCACGGGAGGACUGCCAAGGCGAUCACGAUGCUGGAAAUCUCUAUCAAGAUCCUCUCCAACAUUGCCAACCUUGGGCUCUGCCAGCAGACACAGAGUGAAUCCAAGGUGCUCAAGAUGCGAGCGGAGGCCCACCUCAUUCAAGCUUACAAGAAGAGCAACAAACACAAGACGGCGUUUGACAUGCUCAAGGCGCUGAAUCAGACCCUCAGCACACAAGUGGAGAAGAAUGCAGCUUCUAUUGAGACAAGGUUGCGCAACGCUGAGCUCGCCGUCGCCAUGGCUUCCUCCCGCGCUGACGUCCACGAGUUCCUCGGGCACGCACUGCUCGACAUGUACGAGCAUCACCCGGGGCACAGGAGCGACGCUGCGCUGCUGCAGCAGGCGGAAGAAAGCUUCAGGCGCAGUCUCCUCCUCGAGGGAAAGCCCUUUCAGCCCCUCACAGACCAGCUCGAAGGCGUCACUGCCAAACCCACCAGUACUGCCUCCAAGGCUCCGCUGAAGACUCCCUCGCAGUCAGUGGGGAGGGGGAAAGGAAAGCCGGAGAACGUGGUCAAGGGAGGGGCCAAGAGCCCGGCCAGCAAGCCUGCGAACGCGAGCACAGGGAACGCGAAGGAGAAGGCGGAGGAGGGAGACGACAGGAAGGAGGAGAAGCUCGUCAAUCCUCGCAGCUGCAGCUCGAGGAUCGGACUAGCCAAGGUGCUGACUGAGAAGGGAGGAGAUCCGACGGCCUUUCCUCCUGACCUGAUCGCCUCUGUCACAUCCCUGUAUGAGGAGAGCAUUGAGAUAAACCCGCGCGAUUUCGAGGCUUACUUCAAGAUCGGCGAGCUGCUGGACCUCAAGGACCCUAAGCGAGCUGCGGCCAUCUACAGCCAGUAUCCUGUCAACUUCGACAGCCCCAACCAUGACGACGCGUUCGUGGCGGGGGAGGUCGUUCGGCUGUCGAUGCGGGGGAAGGACUACACCAAGUGGAGCAAGGGGAGCCCGGAGCUCGUCAACGUCGGCAAGUCGCUGGUGGUGAUGGCCAGGGUGCAGUCGCUGGAAGUGAUCCGAGACUACGUGGAGAAGCUAGAGGUAGCCAACCACACUCAGAUCCUCUGCGAGGUGUUCGCCGAGGUCAACAGGAAGAGCGUCGACGAUCCUGACAUGCGCGCUCACUUUGCGAGGAAGGGAUGGAUCGUCGGGCCGGAGACCCUGAAGGCAGCCAUGGACGCGGCGCGGGCAGCUCGUCCGCUGUGA